GUCGAUUCGACGCACUCGUGAUCUCAAUCAUCUCGUAAUGUUGUCCAAUUCGCCCAUUUCGGCCAUGGUUCCACUCUCGCUCUUCCUGGUGAGUGUGAGCCCCAUCGCAGCUGAACUCGAGCCUCUCGAGGAUGGCUGCUUGUUGCAGAAAACCAAGGAGCAACAACUUUUGGUCAAGGAGGAGCAACUACGUGAUACUCAGACUCCUGGCUAUUCAGAAGUGUGCGCACCCAAUUGCUAUUGCAGAUCAUUCACCGACCCGCCAAACGGGUAUGUGAGUAGUAUGCAAAUUGCUGAUUGUGCAGACAAAUGCUUCGAAAGUGACUUUCCAGGAUUCAUUUUUUCUGUGGAUGACAAUGGUGCUACAGGUUGCCGGUGCUGCCGCGACGUGACCGUGGACGAGGAGAGUGUUAUACGAAGUGGUAACACCAACUGGAAAAUGUACGCAUUUGGUGCCUCUGCCUCAGCGAUGGGUGACCCGCACAUCACUACUCUUGAUGGCAAGCACUACACUCUUCUCAGCCAGGGUACCUUUUCCCUCUGGCACUUCUCAGGCCUGGAGACGGAGUUGCAUUCAGAGUUUGGCACCAAGAAACUCCCAAUCGAUUGGCAAGUGUACGUGCACUAUUCGGGCCACCAGUCCUUCACGAAGGGCUUGCUUCUCAUCGAUAAAUCAGGAGGAUCCAUCCGACAAGGUGCUUGAGAUCACUUCGCAGGACUGCAAGUGGAAAGCACGGAAAGGAAACGGAGACUGGAAAGUGAUCGACAAUGCAGAGCUCUCCAUCCCAGAUGGUAAGGACUAUGUGACAGGCUUCGACCUCGGCACCGUGGGUCCUCGCGGUCAUGGUGGCCAUGGCUUUCCCAACCGUGUUCGCUUCAACAUGUACACCAAAAAUGGCAAGUCGGACAUAGCAGUCAUGAGUCUCAGUUGCAGGCCAAGCCACAACAUGAAUCUCCAAAUCUCAAUGAGACGCCAGAGCAACCAAAAGUUUGUAGAUGGCGAGCUGAAGGUUUCACGGAAGUCGCUGUCUACGCUGCAGACCUCCACCGACUUGGAAUUCAGCAUGGAUAGCAAGUGGCAAGAGCUCGGAGGAAGUGGACAAGCAGCCUCGUACUUUCAGCUCGUUGACACAAAUCAAACAUCCAGUUCCGCAUUCCAAUCGCAAGCCUGCGGUGAUGCUGAAAAAGGCUUGGCGAAAGAGACUUGUUCCAAGCACUUGGGGGAGGCACAUGGCACGCCUUUCUUUGAAGAUUGCAUUUAUGAUGUUUGCCAUGGCGCUGGCGAGAUGCAAGCAGAACUUGCUGCAGAGCUUCUCGCUGCGACCAAAGCUGAUUAGGACGAUUUCUGGGACGUGCGGAUUUACCAUAUGAUUUACUCGCACGUGUCAGGGGCAGUUCUUUCCCUUCAGCACCUUCCCAUAUGCGGUCGGUUUGCAUGAUUGCCCUCGGUG